GCGCUCCCACCGAUGGCGCCGGCCGCGCGGCCCUGGGCGCGGGCCCUGUGGCGGGGCUGCAACGGGCUCAUGGCCGCCUUCUUCGCGCUGGCGGCCUUCGUGCAGGUAAAUGAUCCUGAUGCGGAACUGUGGGUGGUGGUGUAUGCGAUACCUGCAGUGUUGACUCUGCUUGUUGGAUUUAACCCUCUUGUCACAGGAAACAUCAUCUGGAGGAGUGUCUCUGCGGUCCACACGCUCCUCUGCGUGGCCUGGGCUGCCGGCCUGGCGUACUCCCUCUUGCUUCAUGGGCAGCAGAGCAUCUUGCAUGAGGAAGAAGGCAGGGAGCUCUCUGGUCUGGUGAUUAUCACAGCAUGGAUGAGCCUGUGCCGCACUUCAUCAAAGAAUCCAGUUGGUGGAAGAAUUCAGUUGGCUAUUGCCACUGUAAUUGCUCUUUUCCCAUUUAUGUCAUGGGUCUACAUAUACGUAAACAAGGAAAUGCGGUCCUCCUGGCCAACUCACUGCAAGACAGUAAUUUAAAUGACUUCAAAAUUCCUGUUUUUAAAAU